AUGUCGCACUUUGCAACACCAUUUAUUGUAAUAAAUUUAGGUUGUGAAAUGAUAUACGUUAUUGAUCAGCGAUUAAAAAGUCAAAAUAUUCCCAUGGAUAAAUCCGAAAGAGUGCUAACCGAUAUAGUUACGGUGCUUCUUCACCCUAAACUUCAACAGGAACUAUUUUUACCCCAACCGGUGGCGGCCCACUCAGUUAUAAAACAACUUUUGCAAGAUAUAUCGGCUGCAUCAAUUAUGAAACUUGAUGAAUACUCCAUGAAUAAAUUGUGGGAUUUAAUGACUAUGAUAUUGAAAUGGCAAAUAUCAAUAACAAAUAAUCACAGCAUUUUUGACAUAACUCGCCGACAUUUAAAAGGUGUGGCCACACUAAUGCCGGACAAUUUUUCAAAAAGUAUUUUUGAUGAUGUUUUGAAACAAAUUCAAGUUUUACAGGAAAAAAUGUCAGACGAUGCCUAUAAAUGCUUAUAUAAUACAAUACUACUAUGGUUUUCAGAGUACCAUACAAAAAUAUCCGUUUUACUUAGAUUAGGUCUACAAAAUAAGGAUGGGACUUUCAAUUCUUCAACAAUAAUAAAUCCAAAGAUUGCUCAAAAUUUAGGAGAAAAUAUUUAUAAAUAUGAUAAUAAGAAGGAUUCUCUUGAAGAAUAUGACAAGCAUACUUCUGAUAAUAACGAAAUAAACUGUUUGUUGGCACAUAUAGAAACUACGAAAAAUUCUGAAAAACAAUCUAUUCAAAUAAAGUUGCCACUAGAAAUGGAGGCAAAUUCUAGAAGAAUUCUAAACAUAAACAAAGAUUACUUUGAAAAAAUCCAAACAAAUGUUAUAGAAAGAGGAAAUGAUCUAUCUUUUGUAGCUGACGUUCCUAAAUCCCCUCAAGAAGAUCUUUUGAAAAUGUUAAAUGACAUAUGA